AUGUUAAGAAGAUAUAUUUUAAACAAAACUAAUACAUUUAUCAACUACCGUUAUGCUUCUCAAUCUAUGUUACAGUCAACAAUUGAUGACAAAUUAGGUAUAAUAUAUAAUUUGUUUUGUUAUAUUAAAUUAUUUAGUUUUAAGAGAACAUAAAAUAAUAAUUUAAUUUGUUCAGGCAUAGCUACAUUGGUAAUGAAUAAACCACCUGUAAAUAGUUUAAAUCUGGAAUUUUUAGAAGAAAUUAAAUCUCAGCUUACACAAUUUAAAAAUGAUAAAAUUCGAGGAAUGAUAUUAACAUCGGUAUUUAUAUCAAAUUUAUUAAAAUAUGUUAAUUACUCAACUAUAUAAUAUUAUUGGUUAUUUAUUAAUUAUUAUAUUGAAUAAUCAUAAUAAAAUAUUUUAUUUUAGGACUUGCAGAAAAUAUUUUGUGCUGGUUUAGACAUAACAGAGUUCUCUAAUCCAAAUCCUGAAAGAUUAUCUAAAAUCUGUACUACUUUUCAAGAUACAUGGCUUGCACUUUAUUUGACUCAAUUUCCAACUGUAGCUGUUAUUAAUGUNUUAUUUCCGUUUAAUGAACUACAACAUUAAGAGUGAAAAUACUAAUGUUCUAUAAAUAAGUUUUAAAUUCCUUUUUGUUUACCCUAACUUUUAAUAUACUUUUUAUGUAAUAAAAUCUUUCAUAACAACUGAAGGCAAUAAGGAUAUUAACUAGGAGUUAACCAGUAGUGCUAAAAACUAAAGUAUAUUAGUCAUACAAAAAAUAAAGCAAUUAUUUAGAAUUAUUAUUAAUACAUAUUACUAUGUACAGUUGACAUUGUACAAAUAACAUAGUUAUGCAAUAAUAGUUCUUAUUAUAAGAAUGAUCUAUUUUAGAAAUCCACUAUUUUAUUUUAUUUCCAAUAGUCCUUUAAAACAAAGAUCUGAUACUGGUGGAUGGCGUAGCUACUGUUUUAUUUUUUUAAUCAAUACAGGCUGAAACUCAAAAAUACAAAGAGGUAUUAAUGAACAAUUACUUAAUUAACAUAGAGACUUAAAAUAAACUAAAUAAUUGAAGUUGGAUUAUUCAACUAUUAGUUGUUUAAUAAUUUUAUUGAAAAAAACAUACAGGGACAUAGUCCAGCAGGUGGCUGUUUGUUGGCCAUGAGUUGCGAUUACAGAGUUAUGGUUGGACCAAAUUAUACUAUUGGAUUAAAUGAGACUAAAUUAGGAAUCGUUGCUCCAAAAUGGUAAUUUUUAAAUUUUAAUAUAAUAAUUUUUGUAUAAAAAACUGGUUUAUAUUUUAUUAACAAAAAAAAAAAAAACAAUUAAAUAUCACGUUAUUUACUAGGUUUCAAGAUUGCAUGGUUGCAGUUAUUGGUCAAAGAAAAGCUGAAGUAUCAUUGACUACAGGAAAGAUGUAUACUACAGAUCAAGCCCUGCAAAUUGGUUUAGUUGAUGAAAGUGUUCCAGAUGUAGACAAUGCCAUUAAUAAAGGAAUACAAUUUUUAAAUAAUUUUCAAAAAAUAUCUCGUUAGUAGUUUUAUAUUUUUUCUAGAACUGUUUAAAUUAUUAAUGACUAAUAAGAUACUUAUUUCUAAUAUUACUUAUAGCUUGGGCAUAUAAAAUGACCAAAGAUAUCAGACGUCAGCCAACUGUUCAAUGGUUAAUUGACAAUAAACAGAAAGAUCUUGACUUCGUUGUGAAAUCUAUGAUGUCUCCCAAUGUUCAAAAAAGUAUUGGACUUUAUUUACAAUCCUUAAAAAAAUAA